GCAAAAAGUUUCGAGUUGUGGUCGUCGUCUCGAUUUCGGGAGGCGAGAGCGCGUGUUGCUGCUGGCGACGGGCCUGAACGACGACCGUCUAGCCCUUGACGUGGCAAACAACGUGGCCAACUUUUCAAGGAUUGAGGGGAAGCUUUGAUUCCUGGCGCGGACGCGAGCCUUAAGGCUGCAACCAGACCGUCAUGGGUGAUACCCCACGUAAUCAAGAAGAUGAGGCGCCCAACCCCUACGGCACCUUCAUUUUGGCUGAGAACCUCACAGACAAGCUCAAGCUGCUUGAUUAUGACGAGCACUUCCUCAAAGCCCGCAAAGUUCCCCCCUUCCCUCGGCACUAUUUUGCUGUGAGUGUCAAUUCGAACGAGCAACUCUGGACUUUUGCUGCGCUCGUGUCCUGGCUGUUGGAGCUCUGCGGCCAAAACUAUCCACAGCCAGACGUGUAUGAUGACCCCAACGCGAUCAUCAGUGGCAUCAUGAUUGAGUUGCGCAAGCAGGGCAUGCCAACAGAUUUUCAGCAGAGUCGGCUCAAGCCCGGGUAUGGCCCAGAAAUCUGCCAGAUCCUUAAUAACCUUGCCCAGCAAGCACUCAAGGCCAAGCGUUGGCGCUGGGAAAAGCCCGUCCAUCGAGAUGAUGCCCUGCAGGACGCUGUGGAGGAAGUAACGGAUAUGGAAAUGACGGCCGCGGCCGUGCAAGACGACGAAGAGAUUGAAGAGGACUUUGACAUGGAGGAAGAUUUCAUUGAUGUAAAUGACGGACCCAUGGUGCGUUGGCGCUCCUCGUGCACCUUGCUUCACAAAAGUCUUCGUGCGGCGGUGUUGGAAUCCUCAACCACCUCUGCCGAGUGGAAGUUGGAGGUGGAGCGCGUCUUGCCACAGCUCAAGGUGCAGUUGCGCGCCGAAGCCAAGGAUUGGCGCAAUCAUCUCCAGGAAAUGGCCGAUAAUCGUACAGAGAUUGAACAGGCUCUGACGGAUACCAAGGCGCAUUUGACCAAGCUGCAAGGGGACGUGUCCAAGGUGCUGGAGAAGAUUGCGAGUCGUGAACGCUAUGUCAACACGCAGCUUGACAGUCUCAUCCACGAGUACCGCACAGCUCAGGAUACGUUCUCCGCAACGUCCUCCAAGUACAAGGAGGCAUCGGUGACGGUAACCGACCUAUCACGACAGCUGGCCUCGGUGACUGAGGAACUGGACGCGGUUAAAACACAGAUGGAUGAGCGAGGUAACAGCAUGACGGACACCAGUCCACUCCGCAACAUCAAAACUGCGUUGAACAAGCUACGGAAGGAGAUUAGCGAAAUGGACCUGCGCAUCGGCGUGGUGCAACACAUCUUAAUGUCAGCACAAACGCGCGACAAGGGCGAGCUGGUCAAUACGAUGAACGCGACGAUCAAGGAAGAUCACUUUGGCGACAAGUGGGAUUGAUUCCAGCGAGCCUUUGCAAGAUCCCAUGACCAUGAUCAUGCUCGUGUUCAUACUACCAUUCUGGCAGUUGCGUCUGCCCGUUGUGCGAUAUUGGCAGCGGUGGCUCAACGUGUCCCGGGCCAUGGCUUAGAGAAUUUACAUGUUAAUG